CAGCUGUUUUUGGCUGUGGUUAUGAAUUGAUGUACGACGCAUUUAUUGACAUAGAUAUGUGAAUGAAAUAUUGAAUAUUGCCAAAUAAAAGCAAACAAGGCCCAUUUUUUAUGUUUUCACGGAACAAACAUUUUUAGUUAAUGAGCGGAUAUGAAAAUCAACGAAAAGAACCUAUGUGUUUUUGCCCGAACGCCACCGUUUGACAUGGAGGGUUUCCUCAACAAGCGGGGUGUAGUCAAUAAAGCAUUUCAACGACGCUAUUUUGUGCUCAAAGGCAAUUUGCUAUUCUAUUUCGAGUCGCGCCUGGACAAGGAGCCGCUAGGUCUGAUUAUAGUGGAGGGGUGCACCAUAGAGCUAUCGGAGGAAUCGGAUGCCGACAACUACUGCUUUGAGAUCGCCUUCAAUGGCAAUCGCACCUAUAUACUAGCUGCCGAUACACAAGAAUGCAUGGAGGCCUGGAUGAAGGCUUUGACAUGCGCCGGCUACGAGUACAAGCGGAUCAUUGUCGCUGAGCUGCAACGCCAGCUGCAAGAGAUCGAGUACUCUCGCAACAAGAUGCGCAGCGAGCGUAGUGAUCCACAUCAAACGGUAACCGAUGGACAAGGCAAACCUGUCCCACCACCCAGACGUCCAAAUCCCUUCAAUCGCCCACCACCGCCGCCGCCAAUCGAAGCGGGGGGUGUACGAGGCGGUGUGGUCAUAUCUCCCAUGCCUUACAUCUCAGACUACUAUGCGGUGGGCAAAGCAAAAGCAGCGCAACAGGAGCUGCACAAAAUAGAUAACGGCAAUGGCAGUGCAGGCAGCCCACAUUCAACGCCUCGUACACGCCGACGUCAGGCACCAACUGGCCCAUCGCCGAGCAUUUUCUAUGAUGACCUGCCCAUAUCACCGGCCAGAUCAACAGUAUUAGCAAAAAGCAACAACAAUCAUAUUGAUCGAGCAGAGCAGAAGCGGCGCCAGGAAAAGGCCGCCGAGCGGUUCACGCAGCAUCAUGAAAAGUUCCGUAAAGUCAUCAUGCGGGACAUCCUGUUGUACCGGGAACGUCAAACCCAGCCGCUGAUACAGUUGUAGAUCGUGCGAGAAUACGCUUUUUGGGCCUAUUUUAUGUUGAAAAUUUACAUUUACAAUUAUCUAUUUAUGUUCAAUUUCCAUAAUCCUUAAAAAUAUAAAUACACACACACACACACACGAAAAAGACCUA